AGUGCAGACUGUCCAGAGUAAAAGUUAACAAUGAUGGCGUGUGUUGUGGCGGCGGCGGCCGCAUGACCGUCCCUCCCUCACACUCUCUCAUAGCUCAGAAAUGGCAACUUAUGACGACAGACAAUGGAUUGUCUCUCAUAUACAGAACUCUUAUGUGACCAGCGAUGACACAGGAGUAUGUGAAGUGGUGGUGCAGGUGGAGCCAGCAGCAGCACCAGUGGUGGAGUUUCCAUGCCUUGCUGACACUGACUCUCCACCAUAUAACCAGGAAGAGCCACCACCUCACUCUCUUGACAUAGCCUCAGAUAUGGAUUUUGUGGGCCAUCGACAGAGGUCUUACACUGCCCAGAGGUUAGAGAUAAUGCAGAAAGAAAAGAAGAAUGCUUCUAAAGUCAAAAGAGUUAUUUGGAGACAUAAUCCAGCUCCUAUUGAUGCUGAGCUGAAUGAGCUGUUCUCCCGUAAAGCUGUGAUAACUCCUGACAGUGCCCUCAGCUCUUCCCCUCGGCCAACACCAGUCUCUCUCCUCUCCCGUCUUGUGCAACAAUAUCCUGAUGGUCUUAAUAACCCAUUCAUUGAAUAUGCAAAGUUUGAUGGCACGACUCACACAAACGUUCAGGCCCGUCGCAUCAGGAUUUUUUUGCUGCUUGGGGACAAUCCUGUACCCAGUUACCCUAUGGUUGUGUCUGUUGUUAAUUGCCAUCAAGCACGGGUAAUUGAUCUCAUUGGCCUCAUUUGCUGGCUGUAUACCAAAGAAAAUAGACAACCACCUCUGAGGGGUGGUGUCGAACGAUAUGCCCUACACAUUGCAGAGGAAGAUGGCCAGGUUGAUUGGGACUUCCAGGCUUUACGUAACCGGGAUGUUAUUGAAAAGUUUGGGUUCAAUGUACUAGCUCUAGUCGAGAAGAAGGAUGUCCGUGGACCAUCACAGGAUAUUGUAGUCACUUUAACUGUAGCUGGGGGAGCAUUUAGCAAAAUAAUUGUUGAGAAUUAUGAUAUUACAUUGAAAGAAAUUCUCAAUAGGACGAUAACCAAGAGAAAAGACAUGGUUAAAAUAAUCGAUACUGGCUUGGAUUAUCACUUAGAAAAAGAAGAUAAACCUGGCAUUGCAUUGGAUCUGGAGAAAACUUUAGCCGAUAUAAACUGCACUGAGUUUGCUGUAGUACGAGACAACAGUAAAAGAAUUGACACUCCACCAGACUUUAACAAUAUGUCAACUGUGGAAGCAACCCUUUACAGGUCAUAUAAAGUUAUGUGGCUUCUCAAGUUUGGAAAAUGUGAAGCAUGUCUUGGAAUUUCCGGAGAAAAAUUGGAGAUCCACCCACUGCAGCAGAAGGUUGGGGGAGCAUUUUUGCCCUUGCGCUCCCCGCACCCCGUGACCUACAACAUGGAACUAGUGGUGGACUGUAGUCGGAAGGCAGAGAAGAAAGGCAAAAUGGAGAUCCAAAUAACAUGCCAAGGGGAGAACCGGUUUAAAGAUUAUGUGUUUGAGUGCGAGGCAAAAAUGGGUCAGGAAAUUUUGGACAAGUGUAAGCAUAUCUUUGACCUUCGCUCUAGUUCAGCGCGGAAGGAGUUUUGGCGAGAGAAGAAACCCUUCAGAAGACACAACAGCCUUUCAAUGAGGCGAAGGCCACGAACUGAAAAUCAUGUGAAUGAAGUGUAACCUUACAUGUUCUACUUGGAAACAGUGACUUUUGGUGAUUUAAGAUGUGAUAUAAAUGACAUGUGACCUCAAGUGUACACACUGGUCUGACAUCGCUAUUGUAAAUUUUUUCUACAUUUGCAGAUAUUUUUUGCUCAAUAAGGUAAAUGUGUAACCCGAAUUAGUGUCCUGAGUUUGGUAGUUUCUUGUGAUAUGACCCUCUGACAGGAAAAACCUAAUUAACCUAGAAAGAUAAUUUAUAUGUUACCAAAAAAAUUUAUUCAUAAAAAUUUAUCUUAAAAUAUGUUUACAUAGUGUUUUAUGAAUAAUUUUAAUCCUUGACCUUGAGUGUGCAACAUGACUGCAACUUGUAUAAGUCAACUCAUGUCAAGGUCAUUACAUGAGCUGCUAAUUUUUUAUUUGUUUAAAAUCUUUGGCUUCCUCAUACAGUAAUUCCAAAUACAGGUAUGUAUAGCUUAUUCCAAUCUAAGAUUUUUUUUUUACUUUUUUUAAUGCUAGUUCUUGAGAUUUCAUAUAUUUUUGGAGAUACCUUAGGGUUUCCUAUUGGCUCUCUUAUACCACUGUGCUUUUAUCAGUGGCCUUAUCUUCAUUGUACCUCCAAAUGAGGUCUUAAUAGGCAACAAGGAAUAAGUGCCACCACAGCCAAAAUCCUGGUUAGUAAAGGAAAUGAUUCAUUAUUAUGUCAUCUGUUUGUGUUUGUCUUCUAUAUCUGUAAGUUAGGCUCAGAACCCCUUGACAAAUUAUGGUAACUCAAGCUUCAUAGCUCUGAUCUCUUCCAUGUCCUCGGUUUUCUCCGUUGUGUGAUUUUGGCACUUAUUCUUUCCUGCCGUGCAUCGCCUAUGUACAGUACAAGCAUAAACAUACCUAUAAUUUUAUAUUUUGUAUUCUUUUUAUUUUUUUUGCUCUGGCCAUUUUUAUUUAUUGAAACAUUUUCAGUGCAUUUGCUGUAGGCUGAGGCAUUGAACGUGACAAAACUAAGUGCAAAAUUUUUUGCAUUUUUUUAAAUAUUUUGAUGGAUUGUACUUUGUACAUAACAUACUAACUAAUAUAAAAUCACCAGGAAGGGGAUGCAAGUCAGUUAUAGAGCCCUCUAUAAAAGGGGUCCUCCUUCAGUAUAUUUAAUUCCUGAAGCAGCUGAAGAUAAAUGUUUUUAAUAUAAGAUUUUUUGGAAACCGGUAGUGCUUCUAUAGCUGUUGGGUGUAGCACUUUCCAUGAACAAUCAUAGUUUUGGAAACCAACUUCAGGUACAAAUAAAAGCAUCUAAAUAAUUUUAUACAAAAGUUUUAGUCAGAGGGCUGAAGAGGGGUUGUUGAGGUGGUUUGGUCAUUUCGAGAGGAUGGAGCAAAAUAGGAUGACUUGGAGGGUGUAUAAAUCUGUAGUGGAGGGAAGGAGGGAUAGGAGUCAUCCUAGGAAAGGAUGGAGGAAGGGGGUAAAAGUGGUUUUGUGUACAAGGGGCUUGGACAUUUAGCAAGUAUGUGUGAGCAUGUUGGAUAGGAGUGACUGGAGACGAAUGGUUUUUGGGAAUGACGAGCUGUGAGGUGUGAUCAGGAUAAUAUUUUGUGGAGGGAUUCAGGGAAACUGGUUAGCUAGACUUGAGUCCUGGAGGUGGAAAGUAAAUGCAUGCACUUUAAAGGAGCGAUAUGGGAUAUUUGCCGUUUGGAGGGACAUCUAAACUGUCAUAUCUGAGGGCCUCUGCAAAAACAGUGAUUAUAUGUAAAUGAUGGUGAAAGUGUUGAAUGAUAUUGAAAGUGUUUCUUUCUUUUUUGGGUCACCCUGCAUCGGUGGGACAUGGCCUACAUGUUGAAAACCAUACAUAAAUUAUAAUAAGCUUGAUUUUCUUUUUUUUUUUUUCCCAAGAUUUUUUAAAAUUCAUUUCAAAACUGUUGGGUAACUUUAUUAUUUAUUUGUCCUCAGGUGAUUGAUAGUUAAUUAUGGCAUCCACAUCAUCAUCAAAAGGAGAAAAUGUUUAUUGUGAUGCAUUCUUCUCACAUAUUUGGAAGAAACAAGGAUUUGACAAGAAGAGUGGUCAAGUUUGUUAGAAUAUUCAUUGAAAUCUACUUAAAAACUUUACUCUUUUGGCUGAUAAAGAUACCUUCAGCUUCCAUAAAAAGUAAAUCUUUUCAAAGCGAUGUUAACCCUUCAACUGUCCAAACGUAGAUCUACGUUCGCGUGCGUAGCGCUCUGACCUUGAUUUUCCCCAUUUGAAAGCCUUCCAAAAAAAAAAAACAUAGAUCUACGUUCGGAGCCUGCUGCACGUCAAUGUAUAUCUGCGUUUGGGCAGUUUAAGGAUUAAUGGACGGUUCUGUAUGUGUCGUCAAAGAGUAUCUCCCAAUUAAAAGUUGUAAUUUCCACAGCCAUUAGAAUUUCCUGUGGAUCUGUGAGGAAGAGAAGGAUCGCUGUGGAUGCACCAUGGGAUCUUGCGCUGACCUGUAUAAUACAGGCAGAUAAAUGCCAUGAAGAGUUAUUCAGACACUAAUGCUGUACUCAUGAGGAAGAGUUCAGAAGUUAUUUCUGCUUACCAGCAGAUAUUUAACAGAUGGAUAUAGAGGGCCAUGAGCUUGACACUUUUGGCUAUAUCCUUGAGCAUUCAUUGGGUUCACUUGCUUGCAAAAACUGCUUUAUGUAAGGUACAGUGCCUUGUAAAUUAUAUAUUUUUUUUUUUUUAAACACAGCAGCCAUCUCCCACCAAGGCAGUGUGACCCAAAAAAGAAGAAACGUAAAUUUUCUUUUUACGCUUAGUAAUUUAUAGAGAAAGGGUUACUACCCCCUUGCUCCCGGCAUUUUAGUCGCCCCUUAUGAUGUGCAUGGCUUACGGAGGAAGGAUUCUUCUCUAUUUCCCUAUAGAUAUACUACAAGAUAGUUUGUCGACAUUUAUUCAUGAGAGAAAUAAGACAAAGGAAGCUGCAACUUGAAAAAUAUUGUAUACAGUAUUUAAAAUUCUAUGACAGUAAUAUUGAUUGCAAUUGAUAUCUCAGAAUUUAGAGAGAUGC